UCUGAUUUAGCUGUGUUAUUUUUGCAGGUGUGUUAAAAUGGCUGCUGUACCGUGUAUGUGGGCUCAAAGUAAAGAACAGGUCGUUAUCACGUUUGAAGUUACAGAUACAUCGAACCCUACCGUGGAAGCCAAAGAAAAUAAACUUACUUUUCGCUGCACGAAAAAGGGAGGGACUGAGCUAACUAAAGAAAUCGAACUGUUCAAAGAAGUAACAAGUGAUGUGAAAGUGAGACACUCGGACAGAGACAUUCUGUGUACUUUGAAGAAAGCCUCCUCUGACGACCACUCCUUCUGGCCCAGACUCACCAAACACAAAGUCAAAGUGAGUACUGAAAGGACAGGAAGGCACAGCAGUACAUACGUGUUUGCUUAUACGGGGGCCUUCAACAGUGCCGGA